GGUCGUGGUGGGGCGGGGCUCGUAAACACAGAAAUCUAAAUAAAGAAAGGACCGUGCAGAAAUUUCUACUCCUAAGUAUCUCACGUUUUCUCCACAAGUGAAAGGUUAAUCUCGUGUGAUGCCGAUACGCCGAGCAGCAGCGACUCCGACCCCGGAGAAGGCCCCCUCCGCUGCAGCAGAGAAAGAGCCCGAAGCGUCCUCGGAGGAGUCCCCCUCCGCUGACGAGGAGCAGGCGGCGUCCUCUGCCGCGCCCGCCGACGGCGAGGGCAAGGCGGUGGGCGACGCGGAGCCCACGGAGAACGGAGAAAAGGCCGAAGGAGCGGAGGAGGAGAAGGCAGGAGAAGGGGCCGAGAAGAAAGAUGACAAAUGCAAGGACUGCGCGGCUGGACAGUGUGCAACACACUGCUAUGUUCUCCUACUAAGGUUGAAGGAUGGAUACAAGUACAAGAAAUCCAAAAGCAAGAAGGUGAAAAGAACGAUUCCAGCGUGGGCGAGCGUCGCCGCCAGCAAAAAGCUUCCUGUCACCAACUUUGCGGGCACUCAGAACAAAGUGGAUAAUAUCCUCAUCGAAGCUAUUACGUCUUGUAAUGACAAGUCUGGGGUUUCAUACCAGUCCGUCAUGAAAUAUAUUCAGAAAAAAUACCCGGGGAUGGAGCUCGACAAGAAGAAGUUUCUCAUCAAGAAAGCGAUGAAGAAACAUCUGGAGAAGGGAACCAUCAAACAGCUGAAGGGUAAAGGCCUCUCAGGAACCUUUGCCAUCGGGAAGCAGACCACCUCGUCUAAGAAAGCCGGUCAGAAGACGGAGUCUCUGGGAGACGCUCUUCCUCUCAUCAUCACUCGGCUCUGUGAGCCCAAAGAGGCCUCGUACUACCUGAUCAAGAAAUACCUGGAGCAGCACUUCCCCAACUUUAACAUAGAGAAAAGGCCAGACGUCCUGAAGUCCGCCCUGGUGAAAGCUGUAGAAAAAGGACAGCUGGAGCAGAUCACUGGGAAAGGAGCCAACGGGACGUUCCAGCUGAAGCGUACCGGUAACCAGGUCCUGCUGAAGGGCAGUACCUUAGAGGACGCCAUCACAGCCGCCAUCACAGCCAUGAACGAACCUAAAACCUGCAGCACCACGACUCUACGCAGAUUCCUAGUGGGGGCCAACAAGGACACAAAGGAGUACCAGUUAGUGGCCAAUCUGAGGAGGACCCUGACAAAGUGUAAAGUUCUCGGCUGGAUGGAGCAGAUCACCGGUCACGGCUUCACAGGGACCUACCAGCUCUCCUUCCCCUUCUACCCCAGCCCUAACACCUUGUACCCAGACAAGUUCAACAAACUUCUUAAGAAAGACCCUCCGCCUGCAACCAAGCGGAGGCGGACGGUUGCAUCUUCUGACGAAGAAGAAGAGGAGGAAGAAGAGUCUGAGGAGGAAGAGUCUGAGGACGAAGCUCCCGCUCGUAGGAGAAAACCGGUGAAGAGGCCCCCACCCAAGGCACGGCGUCCCCCACCAGCCAAGAAGUCUCGGAGCGCCAGUCGGCCGGCAGGUAAAGGCCGGGGACGCCCCCCCGCCAAGAAGUCUCCGGCAAAGAAAGCUGCGUCUUCGGCCAUUGUGCGGGGAAGGAAAGCGCCGGCCGCUAAGAAGGAGACCCCCACGCCGUCUAAAGCCACGCCCGUAAAACGAGGAGCUCCGGCCAGAAAGCCCAAAACACCAGCCGUGAAAAAGCUGGCCAAGAGAGGCUCCAAGCGGCCGGCGUCCAGAGAUUCCUCCCCCGAGGAGACUGAAGUCACAAAGGAGACGACGCGGAGCGGGUCCAAGCGAUCAAAGCCCGAGGAGUCGUCUCCGGCACCAGCCGUUAAAAAGCAGCCAGCCAAAGGUCGGUCUAGGCGGACCGAGCCUGAGGAAUCGUCCCCGAAGGAGCCCGCCGUGAAAAAGGGUGCAAAGAGCAAGCAGAGCCCCCGCAAGUCCAAGAGAGCGAAAUAACGGGCCGAGGAUAAACUAUCCACCGGUCUGCUCUGGAUCUGCAGCAGUCUGCCGCUUUGUUCAGUCUCUCUCUCUCUCUCUCUCUCUCUCUCUCUCUCUCUCUCUCUCUUUUUAUCAUUUCUCUCUCUCUCUCUCUCUCUCUCUCUCUCUCUCUCUCUCUCUCUCUCUCUCUUUUUAUCAUUUCUCCCUUUUUAACAGGGCAGUAGUUUUUUUUAUUUCUAUUGUAGAAUAAGAACGUUAUCCUACCAAGUUUACUGUACAUUGAGAGUUUCUGAAUUUCCUUUUUAAUCACCAUGUGUAGAAAAGCUCCGUUUAGUGUUGAUGUGUGAGCAGCUGCCGUAUCAGGAACACAUAGCGAGAUCAGACAAACUGUAACUAGAGCCAUGUAGGGACUUUGGUUUUUAUAUCUGUUCCUCUGUCGAGGCAUCGGCAGCACACGUUCCUAAUGCCGGAUGGAUUGAGAUAUCAGUGUUUUGGAGGGUUGAACUAAUGUUCAUUUUAAGUUAAAACAUGGGUUAAAAUGUUUAAACUGUUGCUAAUUAUAUUAAUAUUUUAUAAAGCACAGAUUUUAAGGUUGUUGUCCUGUGUCCUCAGAUAAAUUACAAUAUUUUUGGCCGUGCAGUACCGCAUCAAACCUGAAUUUUUAAUAAUUAUAAUAUUAAUUUUAACGGACAAUGAUUGAUGUUUGUUUAUGUAAAAGAAGAACAAAAAAGCCCCUUGAAAAGAUCAGGCCUGCAGGCUGCAGGUGGAGGACUGGACAGAAGAUAAAACACUAUGUUAGGACACAUUUCCAACUUGUUCGGGGAAAAAAUGUCUUUUUUGAUAUGUGUGUGUAAUCAGGCAUAAACAUGAAUUGAUUUUAUUGCUUCACGGCUGUAAUUCAGUACCAAACUGUAAGAAAUGUGUGUUGUGAAUAAGAAAAAGGAGGAUAAUAGCUCAUACAUACCUUGCAUGCAUGUAUUCCUUGUGUUGUUAAGCUUUUUUUCCAAGUCAUUAAUAAAAUGGCUAUAUUUGUAAA